GUGUCAGUGGCAAAAACUGUGAGAUCGCUCCGAAUCGCUGUCUUGGUGAGCCAUGCCUUAAUGGAGGAGUUUGUGGCGAUUUUGGAUCACGUCAAGAAUGCAGUUGUCCUAAGAAGUUCACUGGAGCAGGUUUUACUGGCGUGCACUGCGAGACGAAUAUAGACGAUUGUGCUCGUUCGCCAUGCCCUCUUGGUGCUACAUGUAUCGACCAGAUCAAUUCGGCAUACUGUAGAUGUCCCUUCAACAUGACUGGGACAAACUGCGACAAGAUCAUUGACGAAGACUACGAUCUGCAUUUCUUUGACUCGCUCCGUCCUGCAAAGAAGCCUAACUACAGCGCCGAAUUGAUAGAAGUACUGCAUUUGGAUUCAGAAGGCAUAAAAAUUGCAUUGUUCCCCAAUGAGACGGCUCUGCCAGCUACACGUUCCCUGUAA